AGGUUUUCAUGCCAGCUGUCAGUUCGGUCAGGGAAAGGUGUACGUGUCUCUGCGGUGCAGCAACACAAUAGUGUGUGUGUGCAUUUUCCUCAUCCGGAACCGCCAUCCAGGCAAUUAGGAGUAGUUUUUCUGCUGCUUUUGCUACUCCCUUUUCCAUCUGAAUCGCAUUGAAACGUUUGCCAGACGCUAUUGUUUUCCGGUGGUGGUGUACCUUAUAAUUGCUUGCGUCAGGGAAAAGCCAAAGCAGCGGGUUAACUUCAGCGUUAGCGUUUGGCCCCGUAGUGGCAUCGCUUGUCUCUGUGAUUCAAACUUAUUUUGGCUGCGCCGGGUGAAUUUGAUCGGGUUCCGCACACCGAACGGAAAAGUGGACAUCGGUACCGGUACAAUUUGUCCCACUUGUUCCGGGGAAAGCGGUGGAAAAUUGUCAUCAGUAUUGUCACCGGAUUUCCAUCCACCAUACCACUCCUUUCCUUGCUGUCCAACCCGCACGCCGUUGACCGGGUGUGUUGUAGCUAACAAAUUCCUCCAUCCAUACCAGAAAAUAACAACAACAAAAGCAACAUGGCUACCAGUUUAAAAUCUGUGUUAUUUCAAUAUUUAAUGGUUGUCUACAUGUUCUACAACCCAACGAAUAGUGGAGCCGUUCAGCUUAAUAGUGAAAAUAUCGAUAUGACCCUCGCAUCUAAUGAAUUAGUUUUGAUCAACUUCUAUGCCGACUGGUGCCGAUUCAGUAACAUUCUACAACCCAUCUUCGAUGAGGCAGCGGAAAAGGUCCAGAAAGAGUUCCCUGACGCAGGGAAGGUUGUGAUGGGUAAAGUGGAUUGUGAUCGCGAAUCUGGUGUGGCGUCCCGUUUCCACAUCACCAAAUAUCCUACACUGAAGGUGCUGCGCAAUGGACAACCGACCAAGCGGGAAUAUCGUGGUGCGCGCACAGUUGAAGCGUUCACCGAGUUUAUACGAAAGCAGCUAGAAGAUCCGAUCAAGGAGUUCCAGAACAUCAAAGAUUUGGAGCAGCUUGAUUCGAAGAAACGCAUCGUGGUUGGGUAUUUCGAUCACCGUGACAUGACGGAGUAUAACACGUUUCGGCGUGUCGCAACGAAUUUGAAGGAAGAUUGUCAAUUCCAUGUUGGUUUCGGCGAGGUCGUUCAGGCGUUGCAUCCUCCAGGCCACCCCAUCAUAGUGUUCCGGCCAGAUGUGGCCAUGUCGAAUGAGAACGACGAAACGUACAUGGGCGAUUUGCGCAGCUUUGAUGAGCUGAACAUUUGGGUGCAAGAGAAGUGUGUACCGUUGGUGCGUGAAAUUACGUUCGAAAAUGCGGAAGAGUUGACCGAGGAAGGUCUGCCGUUCUUAAUAUUGUUCUACGCACCGGGUGAUCUUGAAUCGAUCAAGGACUAUAAAGCUAUCGUGCAGUUGGAUCUCAUCUCGGAGAAACAAAAUGUAAACUUCCUGACCGCGGAUGGAAAACGUUUUGCCCAUCCCCUACACCAUCUCGGUAAAACUCAGGCCGAUUUGCCACUGAUUGCAAUAGACUCCUUCCGUCACAUGUACUUAUUCCCGAACUUUAAGGAUAUUUAUGUGCCAGGAAAGCUAAAGCAAUUCCUGAACGAUCUCUACAGUGGCAAACUACAUCGUGAGUUCCAUUACGGUCCGGAAAAGGAUACCGCGGCUGAAACGAACGCGAUCGAUGAUGGCAAAAAGCCAACGACGCCACCAGAAUCCACGUUUAAAAAGUUAGGACCAUCGAAAAAUCGAUACACGUUGCUGCGUGAUGAGCUUUAAGGUUGAUGUUCGAAGCUUCGUAAAACGGUCCAUUAGCAAAUGGGAAAUGUUUGAAUAGUCAGCCGGAACCUAGGUAUUUUACCAAACGUUUCUCUGACGAAUGUGAAGCAGUAAGCGUGAAUUGCCUGAAUUUGCACAUGCAGGAGGGUGAUGGAGGCACGAAUUUUAAGAAGAAGAAAAAAAAUGAGAUCAGUUAGAAGAGACAGUAAUCGAUAGCGAUGUUGUGAGCGAAGGGUGAUGAUCGUAUGUGAAACGGGGGUUUAUGUCUGUUUCUCGUCCCGCACCUUUAAGGUGGAGACUAAAUGAAACAAAUUCCAAGCUUAUUUGUCAACGCGUGUUUUUUUUUGUGCAUCGUCAAACACGAUUUUUGUAAAAAAAAAAUGUUUUCGAUCCGCCCACAUACUUGAUUAGCCAAAAAAACAAUUAUAAUUUGGCACAAUAGCAUUUCAAACACGAUGUGCUAGAAAGCAACCACGUUAUAGGUUGGGUUGAAGUUAAUAUUUGAAUUUUUGUCUUUUAUUUUCACCCUACCCCUACCAUGGCGCAUCUAGUACCAGCAAACAAUGCUUAACCCCAAAAUAGUCAAUAGUGUGUACCAGGUGUAAGAUGAUUCGAAAAGAUGAAUUGUUUUGUUAGUUUCUUUUUUUGUGUGUGAGCGAAAAUGCUAUUUGUGUAAAGUGAGUUAUGAAUGAGUUAGGAGGAAAAUAUACUAAAAAACAAAUCUAAGUUCAUAUGGUGCAGAACUGGCAGACAUGAUAAAACUACUAAAAGACAUGUUUGUUUGAAUUUCCAAAAAAAAACAUCUUGCAGCUAUAACGUGGCAAACUCUUGGAUGCAGAAAGAUAAUGAAGGAAUUCAUGUUUUAAUAGGUUUUAUGUUUACAGUUUUUCAAAUUGUAGUUUUCUCUGAAUCAUAGUAGUCAAUUUAACAGUUAAUCGAUUCGUUUAUUCCAUGAUUUUAUUUUCCUUUAAUCAAAGGUUACUACAAACCGGAUACCUUUAUCCUAAGAAGUUUUACGUCAUUUCGGUUAAAAUUUUUGUCAAAUUUUUGGGGGAAAAAAAUAUUACCGAAUUAUGAUGAAAACAGUCUCUUGUUCUCCAGGGUCAUGUUUAUUGCUUCAAUCUUAAAAAAGUUAAUGAUUCGGUAUGAACAGCAAUGCUUGAAGUGAUGCAAAACAUAAAAAAAACGAAUAAGCAUAACAGGUUGUUAUCUGGAUUAAAAAUUGAAUCUAAAUCUACACGGAUGUAGCAUAACGUCUCUUCACUAGGCCAUUAGCAAACCUAUCAAUAAUAAGCCCUUUAAACAGUAAUCCAUUUUGUGGUUUUGUAUAUAUUCUGCAACAAAUGAUGAUGCUCGUUAGCAUCAUGAAAGAAAGCUAUUGUUUUGGAUAGCGAGAAUAAACGCAAUACUAAGUUGAAUUGAAAUCAUUGAAUGUUUCUGCAAUUAUAUGUAGCUAUUUCGUUGCUUAUUUUACGUACUCUUCCAUCCAUCGAGUAUAGAUAAAGCAAAUUCAGCUAGCUUCUAGCUUCUAUUGUGAACCAGUCGAAAGCGGUAGACGCAUGUAGGAGAAGAGACUUCAUUUGGAGAAAAAUAAUAAACAUUGAUAAUACAUUUA